AUAAUUACGGAUAUUACUAUGCUGCAAUGCCGAAAAUGAUAAGGCAAGAAAAUCUACUUCACAAUUAUUUCUUCAUCUGUAAGUGUAUACCUUGCCAAGAAAAUUGGCCCAUGCGGUCCGAAUUAAAAUCCUACGAAACUCUAGCCAAGUCAACGAAAGACAAGAAGGUGAUAAGGAACGCACUGAUGAAGUAUAAUAUAUACGUUGAUCUGGCGAGGAAAGGCGAUGUUAUGGAUAAGCCUUAUAUCAUGGAAGAUUUGUUUAUGAUGAUACGAGUGAUGUACAACCGCGUGCCGAUUGCCUGCAAGGAGAUGGUUGAUGUUGUCGAAACUUUAACACGAGUGUAUCAUUUGAACGGCAAUAGACUUAUCUUGCCAAAAAUACAGAACCGUAACAUUUAAACGCGUACUUUUUUUUAGUAAUGUUCUUUAAUUGAUAAUAUGUUUUCUUUUUUGUUUCUUUAUUAUCUUAUUGACAGUAAUAA